AUGGCGCCCACACACGAGUUGAAAUCGGCCUUGCCCGGCAUUACUGUGGUUCAUGGCGACGACGAGGACUUCGACGAGCACACUUCAACGUGGAACACUUACACGGAUCGCAAACCCAUCGGGGUUGCCGUUCCAAAAAACACCGAAGAGGUUGUGCGCGUUGUCAAGGCUGCUGAACGAGCCGGCAUCAAGCGUAUUACCAUCCGUGGAGGCGGCCAUUCUUUUGAAGCUCUCGGGCUCGGUGGUCAAGAUGGCGCAUUCGUCAUUGACACCAUCAAGCUAAACAGCAUCUCAUCCGACCCAGCCAACGACACCAUUACUGCUGGAGGAGGCUGCUUGCUGGGAGAUGUUGCGCUUUACGCGUGGGCGCACGGCAAGAAGAUGCUUCCGAUGGGAACGUGUCCGACGGUGGGACUCGCGGGGCAGAUUCAGUGCGGCGGCUACGGAUUCUACUCCCGCACAUAUGGUACACUGACGGACCGUGUACUGAGCGUCGAGAUUGUGACUCCGGAUGGCAGCGUGCGAACCGCUAGCAAUGACGAAAACGCAGAUUUAUUUUUCGCCAUUCGCGGAGCCGGAACCGGGUCCUUUGGCGUCAUCACGAGCAUCACCCUGCGCACCAACGACGCCCCUCUCGACGGCGUUGCUGUCUUUUCUCUCCGCUGGAGCCUUGAUCGUCAAGACGUGCCCGUGGUGCUGAAGAAGCUGCACGACGCGGCGACGGCCUCGCCGCUCACCGUCAACCCAAUGAUUAUUUCCUGGCUAGGCGUCCUCGAGAUCUCUGGCGUGAUUCUCGAAGACUCCGUGGCCGGUCUUGGUUCCACAUGGAAGGCCCUCACGGAGAACUUGCCGGCCGCCGAUAGCACGACCCUGACGCGGCGACACUUGAUUGAAACGGUUGCCGAUAUCGAGGAGAGCCAGACGUCGGCCCCGUGGUACAAGGACCUCAAGGAUCUGAAGCGAGAAGGGCGCGAGCACCAGCGAUUCAUGAAGAUUAAAGCCGGCUUCGUGCCCGAGCUGCUCUCUGACGACUUUGUGGCGUCGCUCGCCGCGUUAGCCAAGACGCAGCCGAGAACGGGAGUGCGCAUGCAGCUGCUCGCGCUCAAUCCCGACUUUCGGCCGGAGCCGGACACGACGUCCAUCAAGGUCCGCGGUAUUCCUUGGCUGAUGGGCAUGUCGGUCUGGCUGCAGGUAGCAGAGCACGGCGACAGCACGGACGCGGAAGCGAAGAGUCGCCUGCCGUGGCUGAAUCGGGCGUAUGAGCAUUUCUAUCCAAUUACGAAUGGUGGAUACAUCGGCGACGACGACUAUGAUGAGGAUGAAAAUGGCCGUAGCAUGAUGGAUAGUUACUACGGGCAGCACCUCGAAAAGUUGCAAUUGGUCAAGGCAAAGUAUGACCCAAAACGACUGUUCAGUCACCCACUAUCCGUUUAA